AUGGACCAACAUACUACACCCACUGCACUCAAUGGCACCAGCACUCCUGCAUCCACAAAGGACAAAUCGGUGGUAGCUACACCUCCUGUGUCUGCUUCUGGCCCCAAGGACGAUUUGAACACCGUGCCAAGCAUUGGAAUGACUGCCGAACUGGAGCGACAUAUCACUGCGGCAGGAUCGACUCUAUCACAGACAAAGAGAAACGUCGUCAAUAUGUGGAAUGCGUGGAUGUCGGCCGAUAUCGCGUCGCCAGUAGCAGGAGUAUCUACCGACUCUUCAGACAACACCAUUAUCGCCACUACCGCCACUACUAGCAAGCCUGUACCCGCUCCUAUCAAGGAACACCGGCUCGAGACGUCAGAGACGGAUUCAGCAGUAAGGGUUGUCCAUGAAGCAAACGACCCAAUAGCCAACCGGUCUUCAACAUGUGCAGCCCCCCCAUCAAAUGUCAACAACGGACCUAUUUACUUGAUGGGCAAGCUCUACCCGCCUUCUCCAACACAGUGGGCGGAUUUCCAAAGGGACUUUACCAAUGGAUUGAUCUGGUGCACAUACCGGCACAGUUACUCGCCGAUCAAACCCAGCAGUUUCACGACGGACGUUGGCUGGGGAUGCAUGCUCCGAUCCGGACAAGGACUCUUAGCGAACGCCUUGGCGAUCCAAUUUAUGGGCCGAGGUUGGAACCGGCCUGUUCCUGGGGACCCCACAUGGGAUGUAUACGUUCGGAUUUUGGCUUGGUUCCUAGAUGACAUGAAUGCCAAAUCUCCGUUUUCUGUUCACCGCAUUGCACUCCUCGGAAAGCAGCUGGGAAAGAACAUUGGGGAAUGGUUCGGACCUUCGACGACAAGCCAGGUCACCAAGGCCCUUGUUCACAACUUUCCGCAGAGCGGUCUCAAUGUUUAUGUCACUACAGACGGUGUUGUGUAUAAAGACCAAGUGAAUGAGGCUGCUAAAGAUAAGAAAACAGGAAUGUUUGGCAGCCUGCUGAUCUUGGUGACGAUUCGUCUGGGCAUCGACAAACUGAACCCUAUCUAUAACGACGCCAUCAAGACAACAUUUGAGAUUCCUCAGACGCUUGGCAUCGCCGGCGGUCGUCCUUCAUCAUCCUAUUACUUUGUUGGACAUCAAGGAGACGAUUUGUUUUACCUUGAUCCCCAUCAUUCACGUUGCAUGGUCGAAGCCAAGGAUUUGAGCGCAUAUACGGCAGAGGACUUUGCAACGUAUCACUGUGAGACUAUUCGCAAGAUCGACAUCAACGCAAUCGACCCAUCAAUGUUGCUCGCCUUCUACUGCAGAGAUCGGCCGGACUUUGAUGCGUUCUGUGAGCGAGUCCGAGCAAUGAACGCUCGUCCAGGCAUGGGAUCAAGCAUCUUCACGAUCGGAGAAAAGGCGCCGGAUUACGAAGAAAACGAUGGAGAGCGGCUGCUGUCGGUCGCCGAUGAGGAGGAUGACGAUCUGGAGCUGAUUCUGUGA